AUGAGUGAUCUAAAGAAGACAGCAUAUGGAGCUGCGGCAAGCGAUACGGACUUUCGCAAAACGUGGGAUCGAUCAGAGUACGAAGCCAAGGCCAAGAAGGAGCAGGAUGAGCGCCGUGAAGAAGGCAGGGCUCGUUAUGAGGCGAAGCUUGAGGGCAAGAAAUGGCACAAACCUGUCGACUUCUCUACUUUGGAUGCCACAUCAUCCAGAGCUGGUCGCGUCGAUGUCGCCAGCAUGGUCGGCAAGAGCACUUUAAUUCCUGCUGGUUCAGCCAUUGGCAAACGAGGCCGAGGCGCUGGGUUUUAUUGUGAGGCAUGCGAUCUGACAUACAAGGACAAUGUGCAGUACAUCGAGCAUCUGAAUUCGAAGCAGCAUCUUAUCAAUACUGGUCAAAGUGGAGAGGUCGCCAGGGCAACGCUCCAGGAUGUCAGGAACAGGCUAGAGAUGUUGAAGCAGAGGAAGAGGGAAAGGGAAGAAGAAGACAAGAGGAUGGGUGAGAUCGAUCUAGAUGCGCGGUUGAAGAAGACAGAGGAUAUUGAGGAGAGAGAAAGGGAGGAGCGGAGAAGAAAGCGAAAUGAGAAGAGGAGGAAGGAUGGGCAAAACGGGAUAAAGAAAGAAGAUAGUGGGUGGGAGGGAAGGUUAGGCAUCAUCUCCUGA